AUGCUUGAGGGGGCCUUCGUAUGUGCCCAGUGCACAACACGAUUGGGUCAGCCGUCCGUGCUAAGGUCGACCCAGAAGCUGGUGCUUCCAUACUCAGUCCGCCGCCUAAGCAGCCAUGCCGCUCAAGUUGAUCGACCAGUCCGCGUCGCGAUUGUGGGCUCCGGCCCUGCAGGAUUUUAUGCAGCAUCACGCCUACUGAGCAAACAUCAGGAUGCGGUCGUUGAUAUGUAUGAGAAGCUCCCCGUACCAUUCGGACUGGCACGAUAUGGAGUUGCCCCGGAUCAUCCCGAAGUAAAGAAUUGCGAAGAUAAAUUCACAGAGGUUGCAACAUCUCCCCGCUUCAACUUUGUCGGCAAUAUCGACCUCGGCAACGACCUUCCUCUCGCUGCACUCAAGCCCCAUUACGAUGCCAUCCUAUUCGCAUAUGGAGCUUCUCAAGAUAAAGAACUUGGUAUACCUGGAGAGAAGGCCUUGCGUAGCGUGUAUUCGGCCCGGGCCUUUGUCGGAUGGUACAAUGGUCUACCCGAGCAUCGCGAUCUGCAGCCCGACCUGACCAGCGGCGAGGAUGCGGUUAUCGUUGGCCAGGGUAAUGUGGCACUCGAUGUUGCUAGGAUCCUACUCUCGGAUGUAGAUACACUCCGAAGGACUGAUAUUGCCGACUAUGCGGUGGAGACACUCUCCAAGAGCCGCAUUAAGCGCGUACGAGUUGUUGGUCGCCGAGGACCGUUGCAGGUCGAUAUCCCCACCUCCCACAGUCAAAGCAUUCAGGCGUCUUUUACCAUCAAAGAAAUUCGAGAGCUUCUUCAGCUUCCGUCUGUGUCCUUCGACCCCAUUCCGCAGGAUGUUCUCCCUCCGGAGGAAGUAAUCAAUGGAUUACCCCGGGCACAGAAACGACUGAUGCAGCUUCUUGCGAAAGGUUCUGCCAACGAUCCCCAUACAGCGACCAAAUCGUGGUCCUUGGACUUCCUUCUCUCUCCCGACUCCCUGCACUGGUCGCCCAUGCACCCAUACCGCCUCAUGCACACCAAAUUUUCCCGCAAUGAACUCGACCCUGCAGACCGUUACAGCCCCAGCUCUAAAAUAACGCCCAAGUACCUAUCCAGUGGCAAACGCGCUAUGGUAAACUUGCCCUCGAGCGUCUUCUUCCGCAGCGUCGGUUACAAGUCGCUUCCCUUGCCUGGCCUGGAGGAUCUGGGAAUUGAAUUUGAUUCUCGGCGUGGAAUCAUUCCCAAUGAUGGAUUCGGUCGGGUCACGAGCCCGUCGGGUUUGGGUGAGUCCCAAGAGCUGCCCGACGGCUCAUUGAUCACCCAUCUGCCCGGCCUGUAUUGCGCUGGGUGGGUCAAGCGUGGCCCGACGGGUGUCAUUGCCUCCACUAUGGCUGAUGCAUUCACCACUGCGGAUACUUUGGUGAAAGAUCUGGCAACCAAGAAAGAUUCUCAAUCACUAUUAGAGGACCCCGAGCAAAGCAGUGGCCUUGGCUGGGAUGGAAUCAAGGCUGAGGCUGCUAGCCUCGGCUUACGCACAACUUCUUGGCAGGACUGGCAACGUAUCGAUGCAGCUGAACGAGAGCGAGGCCAACGAAAGGGAAAAAUUCGUGACAAGUUUGGGCGUGUGGAAGAAAUGCUUGAAGUGAUUGGAUAA